GACAUGAGGCUGUGUAACCGGGGUGUGUUGAUGCUGCUGACCACGGUGGGGGCUUUCUCUGCCUUCAGCCUCAUGACCAUCGCCGUGGGCACGGACUACUGGUUGUAUUCCCGCGGGAUGUGCCGCUCCAAGACCCAAAACGACAACGAGACCGUCCGCAAGAACGAGGAGGUCCUGACGCACUCCGGUCUGUGGAGGACCUGCUGCACCGAGGGAACAUUUCGGGGUGUUUGCAAAGACAUCGAUCAUUUUGCUGAAGACGCAGACUACGAGCAGGACGCUGCAGAGUAUUUACUACGAGCAGUGCGGGCCUCCAGCCUCUUCCCCAUCCUCAGUGUGGGUUUAUUAUUUCUCGGAGGUGUGUGCGUCGCUGCCAGCGAGUUCUACAAGUCGCGCUACAAUGUCAUCCUCUGCGCGGGUAUUCUCUUCGUCUCUGCAGGUCUCAGUAACAUCAUUGGCAUCAUCGUGUACAUAUCAGCCAACUCAGGUGACCCCAGUCAGAGCGACAACAAGAAGAGCUACUCCUACGGCUGGUCUUUUUAUUUUGGGGCUCUGUCUUUCGUGCUGGCCGAGAUGGUUGGCGUGCUGGCGGUGCACAUAUUCAUAGAGAAGCACAGACAGCUGCGCACGAAAGGCCGGCCUUCCCUCAUCAAGCCGCCCAUCUCCCGCAGCUCAUCUUACUACCGCAACCGUUACUACUACCAGAACCGCUGCCGCCGAUACAGUUGCAGGAGCAACAGUGGCGCGGAAUACAUCUCACACUCCUUUCGAGCGUCCCUGAUGCGAGAUCGAGAGCCAUCCAUCUCUGCCGAAUCCAAGGCCAUGCCAGGUCUGCCGACACCGGGGACAGUGGGCACGGACUUCAUGCUCUACACCUUGACUUCGCCUUUGAAGGACGGUAAAAUUGACAUGGCUGUAGAUGAUUUAACCACUCACAACAACACAGAAAUCCUGCCUGGAAACUGUGCGGCCAACAGAAGGACCACACCGGUCUGA